GAAUUUAAACAACAGAAAUGUCUUUUGGUUCUUCUGAAACCCCCACUCAUGAGGGCAUGGUUGGAGCUGGCUGUGUUGGCUGUACAGGUCUACAUUUCACCAGCACUGAAUUCCCAUUUGUUUUUAUUUUGUUUUAAUAAACAGGGAAUUGGAUACUACUUCCCCUUGCCUCCCUAAAUAGGGCAAAGAUUGGAUUUUAUGUAGGGAGAUAUUGCAGGUUUCAUUCUGCUAUUGUUACAGUAAGUAUUCUGGGCAGUGUCAAAUGGAUUAGAGAUGAAGGCUAUAAUGAGUGAAUUUCUGGUUGUACAGUAGAAAGGAAAUAAGAAAAAGAGAGAAUUAAUCUUGAACAGGAAAUUGCUGUAUAAAGAAUAACACAACCCCCCUCUGGAAACAAGGUCAAGAGCUAACCUUGACCACAACGGUAACAAGAUGGUAGCAGCAGGUUCCAGGACUAUUUAACAGUACAUAGCAAUGCUACAGAACAGUAUAGGGCUGGCAGAAGAACAUCAGAGAAUUUCUUGCACAAGUUGUUGUUUUUUCAGUAACUCUGUGACAGGAAAAUGCUGUUACUAACUUUCGUUUCUUAUUAAAGUCAGCUUAGGGUGUGGCUACAAGAGAGUUUUAUAAUGAAACAGUGGGUAGAAACUGCCUGCAGUCUCUGAGCUCUAGUCAUCUUAGGGAAUAGAGAAAGCAAAUACUUGAGACUGAGACUGUUGAGUUGAAGUCACAGCUCUUCAUCAAAAUCACUGAGGAAAAAAGGAAAAAUCUGCAAUCCCAGUUUACAUCUGGAGUUCUUUGAAAACUUUUAGGGACCAUGCUAAAAUGCCGAAACUGACUCCAGGCAAAAAAAGCUCCACUCCUGAAAGUACCAAGCAGAAGAAAGUUUCUCAGAGAGAGGCUGGAUGUGGCAGAGACAAAACCACACAGUACAAUGAGGAGCAAGAUUGCCCAGGAGUUGUGGCUCAUCCCCAGUUUCUAUCAGAUGUAGCAGAAUUUGCAGCUAGUACACCUAGACAAAAGUCGUGGGCACUGGUGGCUCCAGAGUCCUCAGAGCAGCUGUCAAAAAGUGACCCACAGCAGAGAAGAAGGAGGAAAGCUCCAGGUGAGUGGAUUUUAUUUUUGCUGGUUAACGUUGUUAAGGUUCCUGUAGAGGUGCCAGACAGAAGACAGAGUAAGCAAAGUAUCAGGACUAAUGAAAGCAUGGAAGAAGGAAAUGCUCCUCAGAGAAAAGCCAGAGGAAGGCAAGGCAAAGGCACAGUGAAUGAAGCGGGGAUGGGAAGCUCAACAUUUGCAGCUCCAGUGUCUCCACUAGAGGUACAUGAAUCUGAAGCCAGAAGAAAGUCAAUUGGACAAGAAGCUCAAAGGCUCCAAUCCCCAGAAAGGCUCAAAGGCUCCAAUCCCCUCCUUGAGCACUGCCCGAGGCCAAAGCGGGCUCCACCUGCACAAAAAAUGAGACAAUCUGCAGGAGCAAGAAUUGGACAAGCCUAUUCCAGACCUGCCUUCAUUGACUCAUGUGAUGGUUCAGAGGUGCCAAGCCGAGAUGUCUUUUUCCGCAUUAAGGAGAGGGUAAAAUCCCUUCCUCUGAAACAUGAUGAGAGAGCCAAGGCUGCUGGUAUUAUUAAUGAGUUCAUUGAUUCAUUCAUUAGUUACCUGAAGAAGAGUGAGGAGAGGUCUUACUUUAAGGAGGUGACCAAGAUGACCACAGGGAGCUACUAUGAAUUUGUGAAAGUUGCUCACCCUGAUGAGUUUGACGUAAUGCUGUCUCUACCAGUUCCCAAAUAUGUUCGUUAUGAAGAGGUAGCUGGCUAUACUGGCCUCUAUUACAAAGUUACCUUAGAGAGAAACACCCGGAGCUUUCCCACCCCUUUUCUGCUGGAUGAUGGAUGCACCGUGUCUCCUGUGAAAGUCCUAGAGUUGUUCAGGAAACAUGUCAAUCAGUUCAUCAACUCACACUACCAAGUACAUUUCCCAGGGUGGAAUAUGAAGGCACAGAGGAAGAAACCCAACUGCCCAGCAGUUACUGUCAUGGUACUAGAUGAUAAAGGUGGUGAGGUGAUAUCUAUGGAUCUUGUUCCUGCUCUGGAAAUUUCAGCCUCAUGGCCUCCUUCAUGUGGUAUAGGGAAGGGUGUUGAAAAGUGGCUGGGGAAGAAAAGCAUGAUAUGGAGGAAUAAGUCCUUUUAUUUUGUUGCCAAGCAGCCACCUGGGGAAGAUAACAAAGAGACCUGGAGAAUUUCUUUUUCUCAUAUUGAAAAGAAGAUUUUGAAUAACCAUGGCAACACUAAAACCUGCUGUGAAUCUUAUGGCACCAAGUGCUGCAGAAAAAACUGUAUUCGGCUGCUGAAGAGCCUUAUUUCAGAGUUGAAGAAACAGUAUCCUCGGCAGCUAAGUCACAUGUGCUCCUACUAUGCCAAGACCUCUUUUCUUCAUACUCUGACACAGGUAAAGGAUGACUCAGACUGGAAACCCACACAUGUUGUCUACUGUUUUCUCAGGGUCCUAGAUGAUUUCAUUCAACAUGUGGAAAAUGCAAGCUUGUUCCAUUUUUUUAUUCCAAACUGCAACUUGUUUUCUAGCUUACCUCCCAAGGAGCUGAAAUUCCUUCUAGACCUUUUACAAGAGCAGAAAAAUAAUGGGUUGCCAGCAUUUGCAAUUCAUGAGGAACAGUCUCUUUCCCAUUCUUCUGCUCAUGGUUUUGCUACUGAAAUGCAUAGAAACAAUAGCUUUGUUAGUGUUAUAUGUAUCUUGCUAGCUUUCUUGUGUUUUUAUACAAUUCUUCUUUCUGUCUAGAUUGGGGCGAAUCAGUCAAUAUGAUUUUAGAAAGAAUUUCCCUUAUUUUCUUUAUAGUUAGAAUGGAUUAGGUUGAUUGUACGAUCAGAUAGUAUUGUAGGAUCUGCCUCUUUACAAUGACAAAAUAGUUCCAAGCACCCCUUUCUGACCCUCACUUACUCUAUCUCAACCCCCCUCCACUCCUUAGUCUUGUGGUUACCAGGAAGGGUUAAUAUAGGCCCAUGCGUGCCAGUCCUAAAUGGCUCCUGCUCAUUGUGAAAAAUCUAACUCAUUCUGGAGUUCAUGCCAGCUUCUGGAGCAGCCCAGAACUAGGGACUCAUGAAGGUGACCAUGAAAAUUAAGAUAACUUGUGCCUUUUUCUCCUGAAGAACAGCUCUUGAGAAGCACAGCACAGGAUCUGGCCCAGUACUUUCUAUUUCUAGCUAUUCCAUUCCAUGCCACUGGGCAUUUUUACAUGUGCUUUGCGGUGGGUGGCUGGGGGUGGGGUGUAUGCUUUCCUUAUAGCUGCUCUUGCGAGCCAUUCUAAUUAAAGCAUCUGCAUCUGCGUCUGAUGUAUUCA